AUGGCGUCACAAGCUACUGUUACGAACGACGUGGGUGGGUCAAUGUACACGGACGAGUACUUGGAUUCGUUACCGCCUGGUUUCCAGUUUAAACCCACUGAUCAGGAGUUGAUUGCUUCAGGAGGUGACAAACCAAUUUAUAGCAAUGGUCGGGUAGUCGGGUACAAGAAGUCGUUAGUUUUUUAUGAAAAGAAUGCUAGAGAUGGAUCUCAAGGGAAGACUAAUUGGCUAACGCAAGAAUACACAGCUAAGGUGCAGAAUACUCCAAGUAGGGCUUCAGGUGACAUGAAGUUGGAUGAUUUGGUGUUGUGCAAAAUCUAUCAAACGAGAGUGAAGCCCAAGAACAACCCACGGCAAGAUCAUGGAGAAGAAGAACCUGAUGAAACAGGGGUUAAUCCAUAUGGAGUGGACAAUAUGCUCAAUGAUGCGGCUUUACCACAGGGUGUUGAUGUGGAGUCAAUUGAUUUUUCGGUCGAAGAUUGCGUAUAUGGACACUUGGUUUAUAACAUGGCUAAAGAAAUGGUGCCUAAUGCUGCAGAUAUGCACAAUGAUGUGGUGCCUAAUGUUGCUCAAAUGUACGAUGAUAUGGUGCCGAAUGUUGUAGUUAGGCACAAUGAUGUGGUUCCUAAUGCUGCACAAAUGUCUGAUCAUAUGGUGCCUAAUACUGCACAUUUGCAUCCUCAUUUUAACCAGAGUGUGUCAAGUUAUGCAUACAACAGUUGCGCUGAUUUGAAUUUUGGCCCAGAUUUUGUUCUGGGUGAGAAAGAACAUGUUAAGUCAUGCGAUUCUGAGGUUGAACAUUGGAUAGAUCGAGCGCAGCUCAAUACUAGUACUUAUGGCGAAUUGUCAAAUGUUAUGUUUAAUUUACUUUGGUCCAAAGAUGUCAUGUGA